UGUCGGUUCCCUUAAAAAACAACUAUAGACAGAGAAUCCUAAUUCAAUUCAAAUUUAUGAUCUUAUAUAAGUCUAUCAAUACUUGAUCUCCAAGAAAGAAAUUAUAUGGAUGUAAAACAGAGCAAAGACAAGAAGAGCAGGGACAUGAAAAACAUCAGAACAAACACCGAUGUCGACGAGGAGGAGGAGUUAUCGUCGUCGUCGUCGUCUUCUGUCUAUCUCCCUCUUGAGUUGGUCUUCUCUGAGAUAUUCACCAGAUUACCCGUGAAGUCUCUGUUUCGAUUCAAGCUCGUCUCUAAAUCAAUCCUCUCUUUGACUCGCAACGACCCGUCUUUCUUCAAUCUCCACCUCUCUCGCUCGAAAACUCGCUUGGCAGCUACUACUCUCCUCAUCUCUGUAUUCUGCGGAGGUAAAUGGCGUGAAAUAUUAUCAGCAAAACUUGACGGAGGAGGAAGAAGAAGAAGAGGAAGAGUCACCCAACUCUUCACCAUGCCCAAAGUAGAUCAUACACAUUAUCGAACUUUGUCUUACGACGUUAAUGGCUUGCUCUGUUUGUCCAGUGACCCUCUGUUCAACAUAUGCCCGUAUGUUUGCAAUCCCACCACUCAACAAUUCGUCAAACUUCCCCCAAUCGAAGACAGAGCAAAUCAAAUUAUAUCUUAUUUCCUUGGCUUUGAUCCAUCUUCUAGUAAGUUCAAAGUGCUCAACUUUCACCUUUACAAUUAUUCUGUGAUCGCAUACGAUUAUCCGGGGAUCGCAUACCGUGUUUUCAUGUUGGGUGGUAGUUCGUGGAGGACAAUCCAUCCCAGUUUUCCGUUUGAAGAAAUAUGUGAUUGGUUUAUAAAAUCGGGUAGAAGCGUUUGUUUAAACGGCACAAUCCAUUGGUUUGUUAAAGCAAAGAAUGCCAUCGUGGCAUUCGACUUGAAAGAUGAAAACUUUUUUGUAAUCCCAGCCCCCAACUGUGUUGUCAUGCCAGAAUCCAAAUCCGAAUCCGAAUCAGAAUCAGAAGCUGUUCUAGUUCAAGUGAAUGGUGUUUUGGCUGUCAUUCAUUACAAACGUGAUAGUUCUAAUAAAACGAUGGAGAUGUGGGUGUUGGAGGAUUACCAAAGACAUGUUUGGAUCAACCAUGUUAUUACUAUUGAUUUUUCAUCUCACAACUAUAAAUAUUUUUGUCCAAUUGGUUCUAUACCUACGGGUGAGAUCUUGCUAGUGCCUUUUACCAGUUGGGCUUUGGCGUGGGGAGUUCGCAUACCGAUGAUUUAUUAUGAUACGAAGGACAAAAGUUGUAGGAUUAUUGAAAAUUGCUCAACUGCCUCAAUGUGUGCCUUGGGGUUAUAUUGAUGUUCGAGGAAUGACGACUUAU